UUGGGAGGAGAAGGGGAAGGGGAGGGGGAACAUCAGUUUUCUUUUAGUGCGUUAUCUUUCUCUUAAUUAUCUUUACCAGAAGGAGCACAAGAGGCAGUGAUUUCUUAUAUAAAUGUAUUAUACAGUUAAGUCUCGCAGUCGCAAUUUGUUACGAACUUGCAGUUCACAUCUGAUACUUUUAAUUUUCUCUUAAAUUAUAUCAAAAAAUUGAUGCGGACAUCGGGAUGCAGGCCAUGCUCACAAGAGUCAACUCGAUAACUGGGGUGCCAUAUAAAGAUGAUCCCACCAUUUUUGCAUGGGAGCUAAUGAACGAGCCUCGUUGCCAAAGUGACCUAUCUGGACGAGCUAUUCAGGAGUGGAUUGUAGAAAUGACGGCCGAAGUUAAAUCCUAUGAUAAAAAUCAUCUUCUGGAAGUUGGGCUUGAAGGAUUUUAUGGGGAAUCGAUGCCCGAAAAGAAACAAUACAAUCCAGGCUACCAAGUUGGGACGGACUUCAUUUCCAAUAAUUGGAUCCCUGGAGUCGAUUUUGCUACAAUUCAUCUCUACCCGGACCAAUGGAUGCCUGGUUCAAAUGAUCAAGCCCAAGCUAAUUUUGUGGAUAGGUGGAUCCAAGCCCAUAUCCUAGACUCCAAAUCAGUGCUUGGGAAACCACUCCUGGUGACUGAGUUCGGCAAGUCUUCGAGGUCAGCUGGGUACAGUGUGGGUGCGAGGGACUCCUAUUUUGGGAACAUAUAUAACACAAUCUACAGUUGUGCAAGAACAAGUGACGGCCCAUGUGCUGGUGAGCUGUUUUGGCAACUCAUGGCCCAAGGAAUGGACAACUUUAGCGAUGGUUAUGAGGUUGUCUUGGAACAGAGCCCUUCAAGUGCUGCAAUCAUUGCUCAACAAUCUCACAGGCUGUCUGCUCUUAGCUAGACUUCAUAAUCUGCCCAGAAAAUAAGGAAAGCAUUAAAUGUAUUUAAUGAUGUCAAAAAUCAGAGAAUAAUGAUAACAAUAAUAGUUGGUAUGCGCAGGCCU